UAACGGACAGACAGACGGCUGGCUUCAUUAUAUCCUUCUAGACUACAGCCGUUGGAAUAAUUAAUCUUUAUCUUGCAGUGUGUGUUUAUCCAACUUUAACAGUAGCUUUAGUUCCUACAAAUAAUGUUUCAUAUGAUACGACUGAAAAUUCUAAUAUAGACGUAUUUUCAGAUUCACUUCUGAGUUUCAUUUAUGUUUUACAUAUCGGCUAAUCUUGUUAUUCAAGAGAAAUCAUGUUUCGAAAAAUAACAUACCGGACAAUAACACUUAUGUUUUUGGGACUAAGUAUGUUUUUUAUGCUGAAAAUAGUGAUACACCAUGGCGCAAUGUACCUUUGUAACAAUCACGCCAAAACACUGGAUGUUAACCUGGCGACAAUGGAUAUUGUGGACAAAUAUGGACUUUCCUCUCAGAAAGGAUGGUGGAUGAAGGAUGAGGGGAUGUGGACAGUGGCCAGGGACUGUGGCAUAGGUGGCAUUGAUAACUGUAAAAAUAUCCUCACUACAGAGUGCAAACCAUACCGCAUCAAAUCCACAUACUUGUUCAUUCCCAUCAAGCGAGAAUCGCCGCUUACUGGAUUUCAUUUCUCCCUUUGGAGUAAUAGGGAAAAUAUGACGGAGCCUCGAGGUAAAGCGAUACGAUUUUUUGGCGCCAUGUUUUUUGUACGAUAUUCCGACUCAACCAAUGACAGCGUUGAAAUGCAGCUUCCUCUCGGGGGAACUGGGUACACGCGUACAUAUCUCGACUUCAUCAUUCCACAGAAGAAAGCUCCAAUCACCAGUGUUACCAGUGUUACCAUUGUACUAACGUGUAAAGGCUACAAAGGAAUCGUGAAAUUCAGUGAUGUUAACGUCAAACCAAUUAUUCCUCUGUACAAGAGCAUCGAAGUGGAUGAACGUGAAUUUAGGGCAGCUGACUUUAUUGAAUCCUGCCCAAAAGUUCCUUCACCAUUCCCCGUUGUACCUGAAUUUAAAACGGACCACAUACUCAUAACAAAUGGUAAAUUUGACACUACGGCACCUACUCCGGUGACACUGGUGGCUCAACUGUCUAUUGAUCGUUUGGACACUGUUGUACAUACUCUUAACAUUUGGGAAGGACCAGUUUCUCUGGCGUUAUAUAUUCCUGCGGACGAAACCGGCGGACAUGCCGUUCAAGAACAGCGACAGAAAACGGCGUGUGGGACAAUACUGAACCUUGAUUUAGGAAAAGGUCUAUACUGUGACGUUACAUUUGUAUAUGGAAAUUACCCUAAUGAAUAUUAUCAAAUAAAUGUGAUGCGCAAUGCUGCUAUGAACCAUGUGAAAACUGAAUAUUUGUUCAUAGCUGACGCCGAUUUUGUCCCUUCUCCUAGUUUCCAAGAAGUGUUUGAACUUGUGAUGGAAAACAACUUCUUCCACGAUAAAUCCACCCGACAAGAGUCCCUCCUCAACAGAGCAGCGUUUAUCGUUCCUGCAUUCGAAUGCAAAACGUCAUGCGCAAUAGAGACUUUACCUAGCAAUAAGGAAGAACUGGUCAACAUUGUUAAAAGUAAUAAACCUCGCAUCCAGGCAUUCCGUUGGGAGAACGCUGCCGGUGCUCAUAGUUCAACUGACUAUGAACAUUGGUACAUCACAGAUAGCCUCUACGGAAUAGAUCGGUACCAAGACAAAUACGAACCGUAUGUUGUGAUACGUAAACACGAUAAUAUGCCCCUGUUUGACGAACGCUUUGGGUCUUAUGGUAUGAAUAAGGUCAGUUAUAUAAUGGAACUAAAGGCUGCAGGGUAUGAAUUUCUCGUGUUGCCGAACUGUUGGUUGACACACUUACCUCAUGAGAACACGAAGGAUAAGAACCUGUUCAUUAACAGUCGUAUUGAAGAACUGAAAAAUCGUUUGUUGAGGUUCGAGUUUAUUAUAGAUUUGAGUAGAAAGUAUAGAUUUGGAGACUGUAUGGUGCUAAACUGAUGUUAAAAAAUAAAUUUACCCUGCGCACAAAGUCUAGUUAUUAACUGAAGAUGAAGCUCUCUUUUCAGGGGUGAAGUCGAACGAAUGCAAAGUUUUCUUAAAACUUUGCUCUUACCGUUUGGAAUUUCCGAAGGCCAAACAUUUAGAAUGAAUACAUUGGAAUCAGUUUUUUGAACAAUCAAUAAAACCUGAAAUUGAGUUAUAUUGAGUUACUGUAAGGUUUUACUUUCAAUUCAUUUGCGUUAUCAUCCCAUUCUAUGGUCACCUAGGUUACAAGUAAACAUUC